AUCUCUACUAUAGCGUAGCCGUAUAUUAUAUACCCUGUGCGUUUUACGCUUUGUUUUUUCACAGGCGUCCUAUUUUGACGUUGCCCAAACAAAAGAUGGCGGCACGGGCGCCGGCUCCUACCAUAGAGGCUCUGGCUAGAGAAGCCCUGUAAGAGUUUUGUUGCUCAGUAUAGGAAGUUCGGGGCCAGUGAUCGGGAAAACUGCGUCUGCGCGAAGAUGGUGGAGGAGGCGAGUCUCCGCGUGGUUCGUUGUGGCGGCAGCGAGUUGAACUUUAGGAGAGCGGUUUUCUCUGCGGAUUCUAAGUAUAUCUUCUGUGUCUCCGGGGACUUCAUUAAAGUUUAUAGCACAGCUACAGAAGAAUGUGUACACAUAUUGCACGGGCACAGUGAUCUGGUCACCGGAAUCCAGCUCAACCCCAACAACCACCUACAGUUAUAUUCUUGUUCCUUUGAUGGCACAAUUAAGCUGUGGGACUAUAUAGAUGGCAUUUUGAUAAAGACUUUCAUAGUUGGACAUAAACUUCAUGCCCUCUUUACUGUUGCCCACACUGAGGAUUCUGUCUUUGUAACAAUAAAUAAAGAAAAACCAGAUACAUUUCAGCUGGUUUCAGUGAAGCUACCAAAAUCAUCAAGCCAGGAAAUAAAAGCCAAGGAGAUAUCCUUUGUUUUGGAUUAUAUAAACCAGUCACCUAAGUGCAUAGCCUUUGGAAAUAAGGGAGAAUAUGUUGCAGCAGUACGGGACUUUUACUUGUCUGUUUAUUUUUUCAAAAAGAAAACAACAUCAAGGUUUACUUUAUCAUCAUCAAGAAAUAAAAAACAUGCUAAGAACAAUUUUACAUGUGUUGCAUGCCACCCAAAAGAAGAUUGCGUAGCAUCCGGCCACAAGGAUGGCAAAAUUCGUCUUUGGAGAAAUUUUGAUGAUGAUAAGAAAUACACAUACACAUGUUUACAUUGGCAUCAUGAUAUGGUCAUGGAUUUGGCCUUUUCAGUAACAGGCACCAGUCUGCUGAGCGGCGGUCGUGAAUCUGUACUGGUAGAGUGGCGCAAUGCAACAGAAAAGAAUAAAGAGUUUCUUCCCCGUUUGGGAGCAACUAUUGAGCAUAUCUCAGUCUCACCUGCAGGGGAUUUGUUCUGUACCUCUCACUCUGAUAAUAAGAUAGUAGUCAUUCACCGAAACCUUGAGGCUUCAGCAGUAAUUCAAGGCCUAGUGAAAGACAGGAAUAUCUUUACCGGUUUGAUGAUUGAUCCAAGAACUAGAGCCUUGGUUUUGAAUGGAAAACCUGGCCACCUGCAGUUUUAUUCUCUCCAGAGUGAUAAGCAGUUAUACAAUUUAGAUAUUGUACAGCAAGAAUAUAUCAAUGAUACCAAUCUGAUCCAAAUUGAGCUGACAAAGGCUGCAUUUGGCUGCCAAGGCCACUGGCUUGCAACGGUGGAACAAUGGCAAGAAAAGGAAACUGAGCUUGAAUUGCAAAUGAAACUGUGGGCAUAUAAUAAGAAAACACAAGGGUUUAUUCUUAACACAAAGGUUAGCAUGCCACAUGAAGACCACAUCACAGCUCUCUGUUUCUGUAAUGCAGAAAAAUCUGAAAACCCCACCUUGGUUACAGCUAGUAAAGACGGUCACUUCAAAGUGUGGAUAUUAACAGAUGAUUCUGAUAUAUACAAAAAAGCUGUUGGCUGGACCUGUGACUUUGUUGGUAGCUACCACAAAUACCAAGCAACUAACUGUUGUUUUUCUGAAGAUGGCUCUUUACUUGCAGUUAGUUUUGAGGAAAUAGUCACAAUAUGGGAUUCAGAGACAUGGGAGCUUAAGUGUACAUUUUGCCAACGAGCUGGAAAAAUAAGGCACCUUUGCUUUGGACGAUUGACGUGCUCUAAGUAUCUUCUUGGUGCUACUGAAAAUGACAUCCUGUGCUGUUGGAAUCUGCUCAGUUGUACACUGGAGUGGAGUACAAAAUUGAACGUUAGCGUUAUGGGUCCUGAUCCUAAUUCAGAGAAUAUUGCUGCCAUCUCUCAGUCUUCAGUGGGUUCAGACCUGUUUGUAUUUAAACCUAGUGAGCCACGGCCAGUAUAUAUUCAAAAGAAUAUCUCCAGAGAGGAAGUGCACUGGGGAGUGUUCAUUCCACGGGAUGUCCCAGAAUCAUUCACCUCAGAAGCUUACCAGUGGCUGAACAGAUCCCAGUUUUACUUCCUGACGAAAUCACAGAGUUUACUGACAUUCAGUGCAAAGUCUCCAGAAGAGAAACUUACACCAACAAGCAAACAGCUACUAGCAGAAGAAAGUCUUCCGACAACCCCAUUUUAUUUCAUACUGGGAAAACACAGGCAACAGCAGGAUGAAAAAUUAAAUGAUGCUUUGGGGAAUGAGUUGGUACAACUACCCUUAACAGAAAACAUACCUGCAAUUAGUGAGCUUCUUCACACUCCAGCCCAUGUACUGCCAUCCGCUUCUUUUCUAUGCUCCAUGUUUAUAAACUCAUUGCUGCUGUCUAAGGAGAGUAAGAGUGCUGAAGAAAUUCCUGAUGAUGUAGAUAUGGAAGAAGAAAAAGAAAGUGAGGAUUCAGAUGAAGAAAAUGAUUUUACCGAAAAGGUCCAGGAUACAGACAGCAUAGAUUUGGGAGAAGAUAUUAUGCAUCAGUUGUCAAAAUCUGAAGAAAAAGAACUGAGGAAAUUAAGGAAAGUAGACUACAGCUGGAUAACUGCUCUUUAAGCAUUGUUGUUGAAGGGUGGGGGUCUUGUAGUUUGUUUUUGUUGUAUGUUGAUAUUCCAAAAACAUUUAUUUUAAUGUUAUUUCUGUUCUUAUAAUAAAAUAUUAAAUAUUAUUAGCAGGCUUACUUUUUAAAGAACUGAUAAUUUGAAGCUGUAUUUGUAUCGUGCUUUAUGGUCUGUUGGGUACAUUCACAUAGACAUCAUCUCAUUUUUAUUUUGGAUCACACAUCAGCCUUAUAAAAUAGGUAUUUUUUCCACAGGUAAUACAGCAAAACUGCUCUACCCUUAUCUGCAGUUCUGAGAUAUAAAAAGUUUUGAAAAUCAAGAUUUUUGUUGGUGUCAUUUUAAGUUUGACACCAAAACUUAUUUGGUGGCCAAGUAUGACCUGAACUGAUAUGAGGUUGUUUCCAAAUCGACUACAUCUAUGGAAAGAGACAAUGGAAAAACUCAAUAUCAUCAGUCAGAACAAGGCCAGAGGCUGACUGGAUCAGACCAUCAAUUACUCAUAUGCAAGUUCAAGCUGAAACUGAAGAAAAUUAGAACAAGUCCACGAGAGCCAAAGUUUGACCUUCAGUAUAUCCCACCUGAAUUUAGAGACCAUCUCAAAAACAGAUUUGACACGUUGAACACUAAUGAUCGAAGACCAGACAAAUAGUGGAAUGACACCAAAGACAUCAUACAUGAAGAAAGCAAGAGGUCAUUAGAAACACAGGAGAGAAAGAAGAUACUCUGAAAUUUGCUCUUGAACAUUGAUUAGCUAAAGGAAAAAAUGAUGAAGUAAAAGAGCUGAACAGAAGAUUUCAAAGGGUGGCUCAAGAAGACAAAGUAUGAUGUUGUGUUCAAAGACCUGGAGAUAGAAAACCAAAAGAAAAGAACACACUCAGCAUUUCUCAAGCUGAAAGAAUUCAAGAAAAACUUCAAGACUCAAGUUGCAAUACUGAAGGAUUCUAUGGGGAAAAUAUUAAAUGAUGCAGGAAGCAUCAAAAGAAGCUGAUGGAAGGAAUGCACAGAGUCACUAUACCAACCAACCGUGUAUGUUCAUCCAUUUCAGGGAUGGUCAGAAACCGGUGGUGCUGAAGGAAGAAGUCCAAGCUGCACUGAAGGCAUUGGCAAAAACGAAGACUCCGGGAAUUGACAGAAUACUAAGUGAGAUGUUUCAACAAAUGGAUGCAGUGCUGGAAGUGCUCAUUUGCUUAUGCCAAAAAAUUUGGAAGACAGCUACCUGGCCAACCCACCGCAAGAGAUCCAUAUUUAUGUCUAUUCCCAAGAAAGGUGAUCUAACCAAAUGCAGAAAUUACCAAACAAUAUCGUUAAUAUCACACGCAAGCAAAAUUUUGCUGAAUCUCAUUCAAAAGUGGCUGCAGCAGUAUAUCAACAGGGAACUAUUAGGAAAUCCAAGUCAGAUUCAGAAGAGGACAUGGAACCAAGGGUAUUGUUGCUGAUGUCAGAUCGAUCCUGGCUGAAAGAGAAUACCAGAAAGAUGUUUACCUGUGUUUUAUUGACUAUGCUAAGGCAUUCGACUCUGUGGAUCAUAACAGAUUAUGGAUAACAUUGCAGAAUAUGGGAAUUCAGAACACUUAAUUGUCUUCAUGAGGAAUCUGUACAUGGAUCAAAAAGCAGUCAUUAGAACAGAACAAGGGGAUACUGCAUGGUUUAAAGUCAUGUGUGUGUCAGUGUUGUAUCCUUUCACCAUACUUUAUAUGUUGAGCAAAAAGUCUGAGAAGCUGGAUUAUAUGAAGAAGAACGGGGCAUCAGGAUUGGAGGGAGACUCAUUAAAAACCUGCAUUAUGCAGAUGACACAACCUUGCUUGCUGAAAGUAAAGAGAACUAGAAGCACUUACUGAUGAAGAUCAAAGACUAUAGGCUUCAGUACGGACUACACCUCAACAUAAAACAAAAAUCCUCACAACUGGACUAAUAAGCAACAUCAUGAUAAAUGGAGAAAAGAUUGAGGUUGUCAAGGAUUUCAUUUUACUUGGAUCCACAAUCAACACCCAUGGAAGCAGUAGUCAGGAAUUCAAAAGACACAUUGCAUUGGGUAAAUCCGCUGCAAGAGAUCUCUUGGAAGUGUUAAAAAGCAAAGAUGUCACCUUGAAGACUAAGGUGUGCCUGACCCAAGCCAUGGUGUUUUCAGUCACCUCAUACGCAUGCGAAAGCUGGGCAAUGAAUAAGGAAGACCGAAGAAAGAACGGAUGACUUUGAGUUGUGGUGUUGGUGAAGAAUACUGAAUAUACCAUGGACUGCCAAAAGAAAAUGAACAAAUCUGUCUUGGAAGAAGUACAACCAGAAUGCUUCUUAGAAACAAGGAUGGCGAGACUACAUCUCACAUUCUUUCUUUGGCCAUGUUAUCAGUAGGGAUCAGUCCCUGGAGGAGGACGUCAUGCUUGGUAAAGUAGAAGGUCAGUGAAAAAGAAGGAGACCCUCAAAGAGAUGGAUUGACACAAUGGCUGCAACAACGGGCUCAAGCAUAAUAGCACAGUUGUGAGGAUGGUGUAGGACCGUGCAGUGUUUCGUUCUGUUGUGCAUAGGGUCGCAAUGAGUCAGAAAUGACUCGAAGGUACCUAACAACAACAAGACUUGUAAAUGGCACUGAUUUUUCUGUGAGGCUGCUUUAUCUGAACUAUUCUAGAAAUUGUACUUUCUUCUGUUAGUUGUGUUUCUCAAUAGUCAUGAAAGAGGCAGAAUUAUCCUACGACACCAGAGACUCAAGAUCCUAUGUCACCACGUACAAUCCUAACUGAAGUGGUAAAAGACAAGACCCAGGAAGGAUUUAAGAUCACGGGUAGAUUAUUUAUCUUUGAUGAAUACCUCUGAGAUUAAAGAGAAAUAGAAGUGGAAGCAACUGGCUUUAGGUCAUAGUAUCCUAUGGGAGUGGAACAGAAUCAACCAGAGAGAUGCAAUCAGUGGUUAAAUUGCUCAAACUGCUUUUGUUUCUCCUUCGUAUAAAUUGAAGUAAGACAAAAUGACCUCUUCUAGCUCUGAUACUCUGACCGCAAAACUAAGAUGCUGGAGUGAUUUGGUUUAGCUCCCACUCCCACUCAAUACUGCAAAACACCACGACACCGAUCUUGCAAAUACUAAAUCUGUGAUUGAUGUAUAUAAAUAUGGAAACCCUGGUGGCGUAGUGGUUAAGUACUACGGCUGCUAACCAAAGGGCCGGCAGUUCGAGUCCAUCAGGCGCUCCUUGGACACUCUAUGGGGCAGUUCUACUCUGUC